AUGUCGCAACGUCUGAACAGGCAAGCUGCGACCACGUCCAGCAGCGGCAGCUCAGCAGCCAUCGCACUCGUCCACAUCGCCCUCUGUGCCAUUUCCGUCGCCCUGAUUCUCCCCAACACAGCCAUCCACGCGUGGUUGGAGAGGUUGACGCGCGCCAACCACGAGCAUCACCACCGCGACACCUCCAGCUCCAGCUCCACCUCAACCUCAACCUCCCCACGAUGCGCCAUGGCUGAACCCGAAGACGCUGUCGACAUGGCCCAGCCCGCGCCCAACCCCGAUGCCCAGACGACGGUGAAUGACUUCCUCGACUACACCGAGUUCUUCCCCUCGGACCUGGUGCGCUCCCUGACCCUCAUCGGCGACCUCGACUCGACCUACCGCGACGCCGUCCAGCAGGUGCACGACCUCACGUCGCUGUACGGCCAGCUCCCCGCCCUGCCCGAGCAGGAGCGCCCCGAUCCCGUGCUGCUCCGCAAGCAGAUUGCCCAGCAUCUGCAAAAGGCCAUCAACCAGCGCGAGUAUGCCUACACCGAGGCCUCGCGCCUGUACGAGGUCACGGUGCGCCAUUGCCAGCGCUCGUCCAUCAUCAAGCGCAAGCUGCACGCCCAGCCAGAGCCCCCCUCGCGCGACCCCACCCCGCCGCCCGUCUCUCCCUCGGCCCACAAGACCUAUGUCCGCCCCAGCUAUGAACGACCUGCCCACCUGCGCCUGACCUUCGAUGCCGCCCGCCACGCCGCAAGCAGUGCCCGCUCGCGAGACCGCCACCGCAGACCGGGCCAGCUGCCAUCGAGGCGCCCGCGCGCACGCAGUGCAUCCGACGACUCCUCCGACGCCGACUCAGACACCAGAUCCAACAUCGACCUCGCCGUGCCCACGCGCAAGCUCAAGCAGAACAGAGACCGCCAUGCCGGCCGCGCCCGCGCCCAGGGUGUGCUGGGCACAAACGUACACAGCUCCAUCGCCGGCAUAUCCACCAGCAAUGCCCUCGCCCAGCUCGCCCCACCGCCACCAGAUGCGCGUCCUGGAAGCAAAUGGGCCCCGUGGCUGAAGCUCACCGAGUACGAGAUGGCCGUGUUGCGGAAGCAGAUGAAGAAGAACGCCGUGUGGACCCCGAGCCUCACCAUGGUCAACCGUGAGCUGGAGAAGAAGCAUCGCACAAAGGCAGACUAUGACCGGGAAAAAGCGCGUUGUGAAGAAGCAGGCGAAGAAAUGCUCGAUGAAGAACCGGACUCGCUGCAAGAUCUCGUCACUGCUUCCGGCCUGGGACAGUUGGCAUCGAGCGGGCCUGCACCCGAGAAACCGGAUCCCGCAAGAGACGAUGCGCGCGAGGAUGCCGGCACCAUCAGCAUUCGCCUGAAGCCAACAGCCUCCAAGGAAGGGAGGAAGAUGGAUCGCCUAUCGCAGCGGCAGCAGGCCAUGCGCGAUGCGCUGGAGCUCGAAGAAGUCACCCAGGGACUCAGCCAAGCGGCAGAAGGACUCAAAGAAUUCAUCUUCCCCCCUCCCACCGCUGCGACCACACCAGCAUCCCAGAAGAAGAAAUCUGCUCCACGCCCUGUAAAUACCUCCAACAAGCGCAAGCGCGAUACUUCCCCACCCGCUGCUACCGAAAGCCCCUCCGAGACUCCACGGGCGGCAUCAGUCGCGACUGAAGACAGCGAGUCCAGGCAACCCGAGCCAAAGCGCCCACGCUUGCAAUCACAGCUGAGCGCACUGGCACCCAACAUCCUCACAUCUCCUGCAACAUCGCGUCCUGCCACACGGCCCCGUUCUGCUCGAGGCCAUGUCCCGACUCCCAAAGCGCAAAGUGAAGAGCCCAAGCCAAAUGAGAUUGGCAGGAUCACCCGAGAAUCGCGGCGUCACAGCAUCUUCAGUCAGUCUGCCUUGGUAGGUCCCACUCGCCAGAGUAUGCGCAAGAAGCCUCCCCCUAAAGGUGAGGUCACUGCUGCACAGGACGGACAGAAGACAGUCACCAAUGUCAAGCGCGCCCAGGGUAGUAAAAACAAGAAAAAAAGAAAGACCGAGGAAGACACCGAAGCAGCGGACGACAUCGACCCGGACGAGGAGAAGUAUUGUGUUUGUGAUGAUGUCAGUUAUGGACCAAUGAUAUCGUGCGAUAAUAACGUGAGUAUCAAUGCUUACCAUUUCAGUCAUAUGCUUACAUGA